AAGGUUUUAUGUGUGAGAGAAAAAAGUGUGAGGCUGGAAAACGACGGGACGAAAAGAGGGAGGAAAAUAUAGACACGAGUGCGAUAAACGCGAAAGGAGCGACGGGAGCCUGCAGCCACGCAGUAACUCUCCUCAUUGCAGUUUCCAGCCCUGUAAUGGACUUUCUCUUACGACUCCUCAGAGAGAGAGAGAGGCAAUUUCGCAGCAGCUGACUUGCUCCUUUCCUCAGUGCAAAUGUCAGGAGAUGUUUUUUUUGUGUGGGCUACAUGGGCAACAUGUUUUUAACUCUCUAGAGGAAAAACUAGUUGUGUUUUGUGGCAUCUGCUCCGUCACCGCUUGCUUUCCGUGGUUUCCACAAAGUUUCUCCUCGUAACUCUCGGCGUGCAAAUCUUUCCAAAUAACGAGGCCUAGCUACAGGCAAAGGUUGUUUGUACCGUACGGAGCUGCAGGCCUGUUUCAACACUCUUUAUGUAUAUGGACGCAAAUAGCCGACGGCCUGAAUAAGCUGGAACUUCACAGUUCUAAUAAGGCCCACAUCAUAAUUAACCUUUCGAUUUAGAUGGGGCAUGGUUGACGUGUCCCUAGCUUUCUGCCGUCCGUCCAGAUUUAGCUUUGUGCUAGAUGCUUGGCCUGCUGCGCUCCGGCAGUGGACAUCAACGCCUGCAUGGAUAAGGCCAGGGUGGUGUCAUACGUCUGGCCGCGGAUCAAGGGGGAAGUGGGUGUUUUCUAAAAUGGAACAUCAGUUCAGCCCUUCCUGUUGAGGGAAAAGAAUAAGAUACGUCUCAGACCUUACCGCAGGACUUCGUCAGCCUUAUAUCCCCUUCUCCGAAAUUGACUCCCUGUACUUGGAGAUGGUAUUAAAAGGACUUAGUGGUUGGUAGUUGUUGUUUUUUCAGACGUCUUCUGCAUAAAAAAGAGGGAGUCUGAUUGCUCUGUGACAUGAGGGUGAAAUUGCUGAAUCAUUCAACUCUUAUGUUUUCAAGUGCUGCAAUUUGAAGGCUUAAGAUUUCCGCUUUAUAUUUCAAUGUAAAACAGCAUUAGUCUAAUCUAGUGUUCUCUUAAUUUUAGGUGUACAGUACGAAGUAUGUGGAACAUAUCCCCACAGUACCUAUAGCGCUUCUACAACUUCACUUCGUAAACAUGAUGUUUAUCUGAACAGCAUUGUUCACCUCUGGCUGCCAACUCUACUGUAAUUAGCUGAUGACUUGCCUGAUUCCUGUGGCUAAACAGGGAGUCAACAUGAACACUUACACAGGAAAACAAGUCCAUUGACUGAGUGCAGGGGCAGAUUUCACUCAAACAAACCGAGACUGUUUCAGUGCUUAUUAAAAAACAUAUAUAUCAUCAGUACUUUGUUAUGAACUGGGCCAGUGAUCAGGAGAGGAAAGCCAGGGCCCAUAUCAUGAGCAGCGCCAUUUGGGUCACUGUGGUUUAGUUAAGGCUAUUAUGAUAUGGGACACACCUAUCUGCUGACUCUGUGAAAUGCUCCUCGUGUUGCCUCCUAGCUUAGUCCUGGUAUAGACUCUGCUGAGCUCACUCACCCGUCCUUAUCGCUAAUAGUACUUGAUAAUAUUGAACUCAAGGAGCCGUAGCUUAUGCCAAAGACAAUUUCAUAAGCAUCGCAGCAUCCAUAGUAUUAAAUACGAAUUAGGCUGCGGGGUAUAGCCCUGCUCUGAUCCUCUCAGGAAGAUGCAAAGGAACAUUUCGCAGGCCCGGUUAUAUUUGGGAGGGAUGGAGGAAAUUUUGAUCAGACCUGCACUAUAAGGCGCACUUAUUUUCCAUUACUCACUGGAAACGGAACAUUUUCCUAUUUCCCCUCUACAAUGAGGCCCUCUCUCCGCAGCUUUGAAAAAAAACGUUGACCUCUUGUCCCUCUUGGCGAUGCAAAUGACCACACAACUGUGGUUCGCCAGCAUAAAAUGGUAAUAAAUGGAAAUGCAGCCGCUCAGGUACCCUGCUCUUGCGCUUUUCCGUCACACUCUUUUGUGUUCCUACUUUUUGUUUUGCUGGCAACACCUGGCCGAUGCCACGGUAAACGUUGUCGCAGGGCUUUACGACCAAUGGAAACCAGGUAGCUUAUCAUUGCUGCUGAGCAAAUACAAGCAGCGGAGAUAAAGCACGCCUCACGGCCAGAGCGCACAGAUACCAGACUAAUGGGUUACAUACGUGGUAUCCAGAGGUCACGCAAAUGACUUUCACUCGAGACGCCCCAGUCCCUCUGACUCUCAUUCAAUUAAGCAGACUGACCAAGAUAAUGCCCCUGCCAGCUGGCCUUAGUAAGCGUCAGUAAUCCAUAAAGUCUAGUGCUGUGGUGCUUUUCUUCACAUCUCUGCCCUGCUUUAGCAGGUCACACUGUCUGUCCACUGUUUGCACUGAGGACACAGAGGGGACACAGCCUUCCUGCUGGAUCUUAGAAUUGAAACUACAGAAACAGAGCGUGGUUCAGCUGUGGGGGUGCACAGGAGGGCUAACCUCAGAGAGAUCACUGACAGAAAGUGCCUUGUGAGACAACAUCCCUACUUCAAGAACCCUGGGUGUUUCUGACGGGCUUCAGAUUUCUCCUCCUGCAGUCGUGACAGGAUUUAGCUCAGCCCCAUUAACACCCCUUGACCCCUUUGAGUUGUCCUUACCUGUCCUACCCACCCCGAGUGACGAGGAGGAGCUGCUGCGCCGAGGGCCAAGGUGCCAAAAUCAGAGAGAGUAGGUACUGAAGGCUUUUAAACAAUAGAUCGCCACAAACUGUGUGUUGUUCCAAACUGUGCCAUCGCACCUCAAAAUAGCCCCACUUUUGCUCCCUAACAUCCACCCUUGCACAGAUAUCAUCAGUCAUAGGAAGGACAUUUUGGGGACAUCGGUACAACCAGCAGAGAUUGUCUCCGAGCAUGCCCCCUCUGUCUUGUCAGAGGUCCGCACUUGAGACUUACUGAUUGAUGAACAAUUAGCUGUUUGACUGACAGACUCUACAAUAGCGGCGAAGUCCCAUGCUCCGCUCGCAGAGACUUUGUCAGUCCAUUACCUCCACUGUCCUGUCCACAGGGACACACUUCAUCCACUGACCUGCAGCAGAUCAUUUAUAACUACAUGUUCAAGUAGUUUUUUAGUUGCUGUUUGUUUUAUUUUUUUUUAAUUGGAACGCCGAAGCCACCUCCUCCUCCGAGGAUAACUCCACUCCACCCCGGCUCCGCAACCAGCGCUGCUGACAUGGCUCUGAACAUUGCGUCGAUACGGGACACAAAAUGGCUGACCCUGGAAGUGUGCCGGCAGUUUCAGAGAGGGACGUGUUCACGCAGCGAUGAGGAGUGCAAAUUCGCCCACCCGCCCAAGAGCUGCCAGGUGGAGAAUGGGAGGGUGAUCGCCUGUUUUGAUUCGUUAAAGGGCCGCUGCACGCGAGAGAACUGCAAAUACCUCCACCCGCCCGCUCACCUGAAGACCCAGCUGGAGAUCAACGGGCGCAACAACCUGAUCCAGCAGAAGACGGCGGCUGCCAUGUUGGCUCAGCAGAUGCAGUUCAUGAUCCCCGGCACCACCAUGCAUCCUGUGGGGGUUGAUCAAGAUGCUUUGGCGUCACUUUUGAGGAGCAGUCAUGUCGACCAUCUUUAUUUACAGUCAAUGCAGUCGUUUCCCGUCAGCCAGGGCCUGGGCUCCAGCGCGGGUUUGAGCUACGCACCCUACCUGACUCCCAUGUCCCACAGCAUGGGCCUGGUGCCCACAGACAUCCUGCCCAACUCCCCAGUCAUCGUCCCCGGCAGCCCGCCCAUCUCCGUGACCGGCGGCUCCUCCUCCAACCAGAAACUGCUGCGUACCGACAAGCUGGAGGUGUGCCGCGAGUUCCAGAGGGGCAACUGCGCCCGUGGCGAGACCGACUGCCGCUUCGCUCACCCGAGCGACAGCCCCAUGAUUGACACCAGUGACAACACGGUCACCGUCUGCAUGGACUACAUCAAGAGCCGCUGCUCUCGCGAGAAGUGCAAGUACUUCCACCCCCCGGCCCACCUGCAGGCCAAGAUAAAGGCCGCCCAACACCAGGCCAACCAGACGGCUGUGGCCGCGCAAGCCGCAGCCACAGCUGCAGCCAUGCCCUCAGUGUGGAUGAUGAGGUGGCCUCCAGUGCAGACUCAGUCGACUGCCAAAGCAAUGAAGCGACCCCUCGAGGCAACUGUAGACCUGGCGUUCCCGCACGGCGUCCUCCAGCCCCUACCAAAGAGACCAACACUCGAGAAGAGCAACGGAGCGAACUCCCUGUUCAACCCCAGUGUUUUGCACUACCAGCAGGCGCUGGCCAACGCACAGCUCCAGCAGCCUGCUUUCUUUCCCACAGGGUCAGUCUUGUGCAUGACUCCUGGUAGCAGUCUUGAUUAUCCUGAAAUAAGCGUCAGGAUGGGAACGGAGUGUCACAAAGCUGCACUAGGAAACCCAAAACAGCCCCAGUGUAAAUACUACCUGACCUCUCCCAUAGAGGUCCAGCAACCUGCAUGCUAAGAGUGUAACACUUCAAUUUAACCAUACGAACUGCAGUGCCGGUGAAACACACACACAGAAAAAAGAUAUAUAUAUACUGUAUGUAUUGCUAGAAAAAAAAAAAAACUAUUAACAUGAAAAAGUCAAAAAUAUUAUGUAUUAUAGCAGACACACUAUAGAGGUCAUUUUAACAAAUGUUCUCCCAAAGUACCGUCGACCCCCCCACUCUCUUUCAUAUUUAUUCUAAAAACCUCUGCACAACAACGUUCACCCCCCUUUGGUUAGUAAAAGAAUCAAGAUGCUUGAUUUGCACUGGACGAGAAACGUAGUGCACACCGUGGACGUGGGGAAACAGGAAGAGUCACAGGAAACCCGUGCACAGCCACACCGACGCACUCGGCGAGGGGUUUUUAAAAGUCUUGCGGUCUUUGCUUUUCUUUCUCACCAUGAAGAUGAAUGUCCCUGGGGGCAGACAGGCUCGUGUUUCCUCCACAUGUGACUGUCCCCUGCGAGGGUCCCUCCGCGGCCCUCACCCGCCCCCGAUGCUGUUACGAUGCCAUGAUGAAGCUCGUCCUCCCCGCCUUGCCCCUCCCCUUUCGCCAACUUCUCAUCCCAGGAAACCAUCUUGCCAAAGUCGCGGCUUGGGAGAAGUCGGAUGGAAUCACCGCCGCCAGAAAAAACCACCAGAGCCACACUCGAGCACCCAGACAAAUUCUUCUCUUUCUGUUUUCUGUUGCCAUUGCGAGAAGCUGCUCGGAACUCACCCUUUAUUUGUUUCCACGCUGGGUUCGGCUCUUUGUCGAGGAGGAGCGGUGGGGUAGAUUGUGCACGGAUUUUUUUGCAUGCAGUCAGGAACAGGGGAAGACAGUGCCCAGUGUUGACAGAAGAUAGUUGUGGCCAUUACUGAAAAGCCUAAAGGCUCGGGUCUGUGCCAAGGGCUUAACAAAGCUUGACGGUUCGUCCCAGACAUACCAAGCCUUGUGUGUGUGAGUGCGCGCGUGUGUGUGUGUGCGUGCGUGUGUGUGUAUGUGUGUGUUUCGUAUCUGGAGACUGAUGGUCUGCCGGCAGACUGGGACUUGAGGCGAGGUCUAGCAGGUUACGACAACACCAGGCCUGGUAGGAGAGUCUUUUCGAGGGGUGGGUGAAGGAUUUAAGUGCUAAGACUAAACAAAAAACGGUGCAUUUGACGAUGCUCGUCAAGAAAAAAAAAGAAAAAAAACAAACAAAACAAAGAGAUGACUUGAACUUCGACUGGAGGGCUAUCUGUGACCGUCGGUUGUCCUGUCCAACCCUACUAUCACCGAUAAUCCUGUUCCAUUUUAGAAAAACUCGUAGAAGUGCCUAAAAAAUGCUCAUCGACUCAACAACACGUGCAUCCGGAGUGUAUCACUAAAAGUCACAGACGCAAAACACACACCGGCCGUCAGAACGUGGACCUUUAUUUUUUUUUCCCCCGGGGGAAAUGACAUCACACUUCUUUCCGUUCCCGGAGGCGGUCUCAUCACAAGUGACUUUAUGGAAAAACUAAAAAAAGAAGUUGAAGAAACGACAAAUCAAAACAUAGCUUUGUAGAAUGUUUGGUGACUUUCAUGGUGUACCAUUGUUUCCUACCAUGGUUUGAGUAGUUUACAUGAGGAACGUGAGUGAGAAAAAAAAUACCUGUAUUGUAAAACUGUGUAAUGUAUGUAAGGUGUCUCUUAUUUUGAGAGUUUAUAUUCAUAGUUUUAGAAAUAUAUUCAAAGUUAUUUAAAAUUUUUGUGUUGUGUCUCCUAUCGAGGUAUGUUUCGACCCCCCCCAACCCCACCCGUAAACCCCCCCCACCACCUCCACCUUCCAGAACAAUCACGUUUAGAUAAUAAAGCGUUAUUUUAUUAUUUUACACCCUCUUUUAGCCUGUUUUAACUCAUUUUACUAAAUUUUAAUUCUCCAUUUUUUUUUUCACACAAAAAAAUCGGAUGUAAUUUCAUGGUGCUUGAUCAACAUUGACAAUCCACAAUCAGACCUUUUUCACUCCGACUCGUCUCCACGUGAGUUUUUAGUUUCUGUUUCGAUUCGUGUGUAAUAUCCGUGGCAGGUGGUGAAAGCUUCUAUUUUGUUGUAAUUUAUCUUGUGUUACUCUUGGUCAAAUUUUAGUUGAGAAAAAAAAAAAAGAAAUGUUGUAAACUAUUCUAUUUUGAGAUGAAUGUAAUUUAUUGAGCUGUGCUACGUCACUGCACGGUUGGUCAUUUCAAGGUCUAACCUGUCAGGUCAGCGAAUGAGAAGAAAGGGGGGGCGGGGCGGUGUUUGAAAAAGUCCACCCGCCGAUAGAAAGCUACUGGAUCUCUCUUGCCUUCUCAUUGAUAAAAAAAACAAAAAAAAUCACGGUGUCGCAGUAAUGAGCAUAGUUAUAGACUCGUCUGUGUUGUUGGGGAAAAAAAAUGUUUAUUGUAUAGAUGACAUUUUACCAAAAAAAAAAAAGAGAAUAAAAUUUCAAAAAAGAUGUACUUUUCACUCUAGUAUAAUAGUAUUUCAUAACAAUAUUAAGUUGUUGCUGUGGCAACCAAAUGUUGCAAUUACUAAAGUUCGGUAUUUUUGUAAAUGACAUUGUUAAGUUGAUUUUUUUUGUUUCUUCUUCUUUUUUUUUUGCUAGAACACUGUACACACGGUAGAUUGUAAAGAAGAUACGAACAUUUCUUAUUCUUCACUGAGAUUACGACAACGACCUAAUAUUUUCAUUAGCAAAUAACAGCCUCUGUAGUGCUGUGACCGUAACACUUAAAUAGAUUCAAAGUCAUCAAUGUUACAUAGAUUAUAUAUAUAAAUAUAUAUAUAUAUAUAAGAACUAAAUAAUCUAUAAAUUAAGAAAUUGAGAUGUACAGCUCCUCCCCUGACAAAGGACCGUGAGGUUCCACUCUGAGACAUUUUAUUCGAGGCGUAUGUAUCACUAGAGUUAAGGAUUGCACUUUUCAUAAUGUUUAAAGAUGUGAUCUGUUUUUUGUUUUUUUUGGUUUCCUCUGCUACUACAACAAAUCUGUUUAUCAAUCAAAAGCAGAUAACACACGGUGAAUAACUUUAAUUCAACUUGUUGCAUGGGAAAAACAACUUUUAUUUUCUUUUCUUACUAAAUGAUACUGAAUGUUACUAGUGAAAAAAACAAACAAAAAAAAACACGUCUGUACACAACACGUCCUCAUUUGGUUACCCACGAUGCCCCUGUGUAUGGAAUCCUCUUGAGAUGUGGUGUUUUUAGAAAUGUGUCGGCGGUGAUUGACUGAUGAUGGUUUUAAAACGAAAGAAAAAGAACAUGUAAGCACUUUCUGAGCAGUUGGCCAACUGAGCAGACUCAGCUUAUCCAAACACUUUGCCUUAUCUUGAGUCCAUCGUGCUUAAAGGUUUUUCUGUUUUUAAAAAGCUCUUAACUGGAAUUUAUUCAAAGAGACGUGAGCGGGUCUCUCUCCCCAAAUCCCUCCUCGAUUUCAUUUCAAACAUUUAUAUCUAAAAAAGUUUUAAGUUGGCCAAAAGACGGCGACUGCAACAGAGUGAACAGUCUCCUGAUCGUUACCUCCGGUCUCCCAAAAAAACCUGUAGUGACAUCUUUUUAUUUUUGUCCCAUUGCCUUACAAUGGAGCAGUUUGGAUUUGUAACUCACAGCUUUAGCCAGCAGAGGGCACUACAGUGGAGACUGCAGGUGACGUGCGGCGACUGCCUGUGCCAUCGUUGUUGCAGCGUAGCCAAGAUAAAUUGACCCUCAUCGGAUUUAUAGUUUCAAUGUAAUCAUUUCUUAAUGUAUUCUUUUGCAUAUAUUUUGUGCUAUUUUAUGUUUCUAUAGUCCAAUGUUCCUUUGGUUCCAGCGAGAUAGUGUAAAAUCUAUUGGAAGACAGAAAUAAAGAAAAUCAAAGGAU